GAUUUGCAGACUGCUGCUUGGGACUAAUUAAUCGUACACGCUUUAGCGAGUUUUUGAGAGACGCAAUCGAUUCCAUCUCAGACUGUCGAAGCUUUGUCACAUGGUGCUGUGCGCUCGCCGAGUGUCGUGAAGAGGAAGGUAAAGGCACCGAAUGGUCAGCCGGCAGUUCCCCACAUUCCCCACAUCCCCGCCCUCCGAGGCUACCAACCCCAACUUCACCUUCCAUGCGGCAGUAAUCAUCCGUCAUGUCCUUGCGACCAACUACGUGACUGCGAUAAUAACUGGCUUAAAGCGAACAAAUAACACAGCCCUCCAAAAUGGCCGCAAUCGCCACCGCCGUCGCCGGCACCGCAGCAGCGGCAGCCUACCUCAACGCAAAAUUCCACAUCCAGCACGACCUAACCGCCGGCUCACUAGUCAACACCGCCGCCGCCGCCCAAACCUUCAUAGCCGAGAAGCAAGCCCAAGGCAAACUGCUCCUCUACCACAAGCUAGAGGACCACGCGCGGGAGCGCCCCGAUCGCCCGUUCUUGGAGUACGAGGAUCGGGCGUGGACGUACGGCGAGUUUUUCGCGUGUCUGCAGCGCGUGGGCAAUUGGUUGAUGAAUGAUUUGGGGGUGCGGGAGGGGGAGAUUGUGGCGCUUGAUGGGCCGAAUAGUGCGGAGUAUUUGAUGCUUUGGUUUGCGCUUGAGGGGAUUGGGGCGGGGGUUGCGUAUGUCAACUCCCAUUUGACGGGGGCGUCGUUGGUGUCGUCUGUUAAGCUUUGCGAGGCGAGGUAUCUUAUUGCCGAGCGAGGGAUUGAAGACCUCGUCGCUCCGCAUGUGGAUGAGCUUCGCGGUGCUGGGGUCACGACUUUCUGGUAUGAUGCUGCUUUUAUCGACUCGUUGACUGAUACUACGCCAAUACCGCCGGAGAGAGGCGCGAGGACUCAGGCUACUGAUGUUCGAAAGGUGAGCUUUGUACUCAUCUAUACAUCGGGCACCACUGGUCUGCCAAAAGGCGUGAUGCAAAUGGUCGGAAGGACCUUGAACACUGCCAGAAAUAUUGCAGAGUACUUGAAAUUGACGCCCGACGACAAGUUUUAUACUUGCCUGCCUCUCUAUCACGGAGCGGGCCAGGGGUUGUGCACAACCCCCGUCAUCUACGUCGGCGCCUCCAUGCGCCUCGGCCGCCGCUUCUCCCACAAAACCUUCUGGCCCGAAGUGCACGCCAGCAAAGCCAACAGACUCCAAUACGUCGGCGAGCUGUGCCGCUACCUCGUCAACGCGCCGCCGCACCCGCUCGAGCGCAGGCACCACCUCGCCGAAGCCUGGGGCAACGGCAUGCGGCCGGACGUCUGGGAGCGCUUUCGCCAGCGCUUCAACAUCCCCGUCAUUCACGAGUUGUAUGCUGCGACGGACGGCAUGGGGGCGACGUUUAAUUACAAUCGCGGCGAGUUCACGCGGAACGCGAUUGCGUUGCGGGGACUUAUUUGGCAUGCUAGGAAUGGGGGGACGGAAGUACGAGCGAAAAUUGAUCCUGAUACGGAGGACAUUGUGCGCGGAAAGGACGGCUGGGUCCUCAAAGCCGGCAUCAACGAAGCGGGCGAAGUGCUGCACAAAAUCGACCCGAGCGUCAAGACAACAGCGUUCAGAGGCUACUUCAAAAACCCAGCAGCGUCGGAGAAGCGGUGGAUGCAAGGCGUCUUCGAACCCGGAGAUCUCUGGUUCCGCUCGGGGGACGUGAUGCGCCUCGACGCCGACGGCCGCGUCUUCUUCGUCGAUCGCGCGGGCGAUACGUUCCGCUGGAAGUCGGAGAACGUGAGUACAAACGAAGUGGCGGAUGUGGUGGGCUCGUUUGCGCAGAUUGCGGAGACGAACGUGUACGGCGUCGCUGUGCCGCACGCUGAUGGCCGAUGUGGGUGUGCGAUGCUGGUGCUGCAGCCCUCCACUUCGCCCGAGAGUCUGGACUUGCGGGGUUUGGCGCGGCAUGUGUUGGAGAGGCUGCCGCGGUAUGCGGUGCCUAUCUUCCUCCGAGUCACGCCGCAGAUUGCCGUGACGGGAACGUACAAGAUGCAAAAGGGGCCGGCGAAAAGGGAGGGCGUGGACUUGGAUGUCUUGGAGAAGGCUGGGAGUCAGGAUCGGAUGUUUUGGCUACCGAAUGAUGGGAAUAGCUAUGUGCCGUUUCGCCGGCAGGAUUGGGAGGCGUUGAAGGCGGGUAGAAUCAAGAUAUAG